AUGGCUUUAACGACAAUUUUAAAAAAAUGUGCAAACCUGCAGUUAUCAACGACCUUUCGCAGUGUUACAAAAAGGGCAUACAAAGUGACGUAUUUCGACCUGACCGCUUUGGGAGAACCUUUGAGGUUCCUUUGCAGUUACGGCAAUUUGGACUGGGAAGAUUUUCGUGUGGAGUACAUCAAACCCGGCGUACCCAGUCAACAGUGGGAGGAAUUAAAACCAAAAAUGCCUUACGGGCAAAUGCCAAUUUUGGAGCAUGAAGGUAAAAUGGCUCAUCAAAGCGUGGCUAUUUCAAGAUUUUUGGCCAAGAAAGUUGGGCUCGUUGGUAAAGAUGACUGGGAAGACUUGAUAAUUGACAGCACAGUUGAUACAGUAUACGAUUUUCAUGCUAAAAUUGGCAGAUACCACUACGAGACAGACCCAGCCAUUAAAGAGAGCCUUAAAGUGCCCCUAUUCGAAGAACAAAUCCCUCACUACCUGAUCAAACUGGACGAUGCAGCCAAAAGACUUACGAAGAAGAGGUCGGCCCAAGUGAGACGGUUGAUGGCCAAAAAUCCCCCAUUGGUUAACCAAUGGGGGAUUUUUGGCCAUCAACCGUCUCACUUGGGCCGACCUCUUCUUCGUAAGUCUUUUGGACUACAUGAACGGAAUGACCCAAAUUGA